AACUGUAACAUUAUCAUCCUCUCUUCCACUCAAUCAGAUUUGCACAUGAUCAACCUCACAAUUUGCCUUUAAAUUGGUCCACCUCCCUUGUCCUCCCCAUUGUGAUUCAAUUGCAAAGUUUGUGUGAUUUUUUUUUUUUCAUUUGCAACCUUCGCAAUGGCCUCCAACAAGCUCAUUGCCACCAUUUUGGUGCUUUCUCUCCUUGCCUACUCAACAUUCACCAAUGCAUGUGGCUCAUGCAAUAAGCCUUCUCCUUCUCCUCCUCCUCCAUCAGGGAAGUGCCCCAAAGACACAUUGAAGCUAGGGGUGUGUGCUGACAUUCUAGGGCUUGUUAAUGUUGUUGUUGGCUCCCCUGCUUCAAGCAAGUGCUGUGCAUUGCUUCAAGGCUUGGUUGAUUUGGAGGCUGCACUUUGCCUUUGCACUGCUAUUAAGGCCAAUGUGCUAGGAAUCAACUUGAAUGUGCCUGUCACACUCAGUUUGCUACUCAGUGCUUGCCAAAAAACUGUUCCUCCUGGCUUCCAAUGUGCAUAGAAUAAUUCAUGUUGUUAGGUUCAUGAUUUCAUCACUUGUGUUCCUCAAAUUGUUGCUUUGUCAUAGUUCUUCUUAUGCAAUAUGUGAGAUGCAUGUUUGUUUCAUUUUAAUAAUCAGGCAAACCUAUGUUUGCUUAGUUAGCCAGUGACCUUUGUUCUUCUCUAGUAAAUGUGAGGGACUUUGAUUUGGUGAUUGUGAGUUCAUACAUAAUUUGUGUAGUGCAUGGGAUUAUUGUAAUUUUGAAUUUUUAGGGUGCAUUGGAGGUGGAAGGACUUAAGUAGAGAAAGAGAGUAAUUAAGUUCCCUUCAGAGAUAAUUAAGCCUCUGAUAUCAUUGUUAAACCAAAUCUUAGAGACCAGUGUUAGUGGACAAAAUUGUUUGCAGAAAAAUUAUUGUACUUUACAAUCAAGUGUGUAUUAUAAAUUUAUGUCAAGAAUUGUCUAUUUUAUUUUAUUUUUUAA